UUUCUCUUGUAGUUAAGCUGCCUCUCUAAAAGGAGUUCUAGUGACACUCUAAGUUUUUGCUGCUGACUAACUUCUUCACAAGCAUAACAAUGGUCAACCUAUGUGGUUUACACUUGGCAUAAGGGAAGCUAUCAAAGGCUGGGACAAAGGUUUGAAGGACAUGUGUGUGGGAGAGAAGCGGAAGCUAACUAUUCCACCAGCCCUUGCUUAUGGAAAAGAAGGGAAAGGAAAAAUUCCACCUGAGAGCACACUGAUUUUCAACAUUGACCUUCUAGAAAUUAGGAAUGGACCAAGGUCUCAUGAGUCAUUCCAAGAGAUGGAUCUUAACGAUGACUGGAAACUGUCCAAGCAAGAGGUGAAAAUUUACUUGAAGAAAGAAUUUGAAAAGCAUGGAGCAGUGGUAAAUGACACCCAGCAUGAUGCUUUGGUUGAAGACAUAUUUGAUAAAGAAGAUGAAGACAGUGAUGGGUUUAUAUCUGCAAGGGAAUUUACGUACAAGCAUGAUGAGCUGUAGAAAAGGGUGGCAUAAUUUUUUUGACACAAAUGGCGGUGACUUAGACUGUCUGGUUCUCUUGUCUUAAUUCUAUGUUUUGGAGUUGGCGGCUGCUGUUGGCAAAGAAACAUUCUUUGUUUAUAUAAAAGAAUUUCUGUGCAUUAUGUACAAAUGUUUUAAACUAUUUUAAAGUAUGAAAAUGUACCUCCUUCUAUGCAGCAAAGAGUUGCACAUCAGUGUUUUUUUAAUUUUGUAUUAACUUAUUUUUCAGAAAUGAAA